UGGUGCUUCAUGAAGAAUAUUUCUAGAUAUAUCACAGACAUUAAGCCUUUGCCACCCAACAUAAAAGAUAGACUGUUCAAAAUAAUGAGCGUGCAGGGGCAGAUAACAAAUUGAAAUAUCAGUGAGAUUUUACAUCCUGUCCAAACUCUAGAUCUGCAAAGCUGUGAUAUUUCAGAUACUGCUCUCCUGCACAUAUGUAACUGCAGAAAACUGAAGAAGUUAAAUUUAAAUUCCUCAAAAGAAAACAGAAUUUCCAUAACUUCAAAAGGAAUAAAAGCUGUGGCUUCACCUUGUUCUUACCUGCACGAAGCUUCUUUGAAAAGAUGCUUCAAUCUCACUGAUGAAGGAGUCCUUGCUCUUGCACUCAAUUGCCGGCUGCUAAAGUUAGGGACUUCCCUCAUCAUUGAUUUAGGUGGCUGCUUAGAUAUUACUGAUGUGUCCUUGCAGACAUUAGGAGAAAGCUGCCCAUUUUUGCAGAGUGUUGAUUUUUCAGCUACUCAGGUAUCUCACAGUGGUGUGGUUUUGCUUGUUAGUGGACCUUGUGCCAAGAAAUUAGAGGUAACUCAUAUGGGGUAUUGUGUGAAUGUGACUGAUGAGGCUGUAGAAGCUGUCCUUACUUGCUGUCCUCAGAUAUGUAUAUUACUCUUCCACGGAUGCCCCCUGAUAACAGACCAUUCACGAGAAGUCUUGGAGCAAUUAGUAGGUCCAAACAAACUAAAGCAAGUGAUGUGGACUGUAUAUUGA